AUGAAUAAAUUUGAAGACGAUUUAAAAUAUGCUCAAAAAGCUAAUGGAAAUGAAUUUUUAAAUUGGCUCUAAAAUCUCAGUUUUGAACUCAUAAAAUAAAAAGAAUAUUCAUAUGGUUAAGAGUUCCUUAAAUUUUAACAUUUAGUAUACGAACUAAUUUUCAAAUAAGAUGGGAUAUUAAAUAGUAGUUUUAGAACAACUUAAAUGAGAUUUGGAUCUAUAGAGGAUACCCUAUUUUUUAUUAAAAUUCUUAAUGCUCUCUCACCAAAUGAAUAAUCAUUUUAUUAAUCAUUACCUUCUGAAUAUCCUUUUAAUCCAGUUUAAAUUGAUAUAUUACCAGCUCAUUUGUAAUUAUUUUUGAAGGAUCCCUCUAUUAUUAAUAUGAAUUCAUAAUUUUAAACUUUCCAAGAAAUUUUUUAAGACAACAUUUUAGUUGAAAAAAACCAACUAAAAUUCUGUGUUAGUGCUAAAAUGAUGUUUUGGAUUCAUUUACUAAAUGGAGCAGUGAAUUUUAAAGAAAGUUCUUUAAAUGCAACUGAAAAUAGUUAAAAAAUCCUUGAUUGUGCAUUUAGCAAAUGCAAAAAGAAAUUUAACACAAAAGACUUUUUAUUAAAAUAAUUAACAUUUAAUCCUUAUUUAAUAUUAAUAAGAAGAAUUAUUGAAUAUAUGGUUAUGUAGAUAAAACCUGGUAACCCAAUAUAAAAUAAUUAAAAUAAACAAAUUACUAUAUUCACAUUUCAAUAAAUGAUAAUUUUAUUAUAAGAAUAUUCUAUGUAUGAACAUUUAUAUGUAUAGAAAUUACUUGAUUUAAAUUUAACAAAUGAAUAAUAAAAGUUAUUUUAUAAAAUCAAACCAAGUAGUGUUGUAUUAGAUACUUAAAUGAUGUUAAUAUAUUUAACAAUAUUUUUUAAUAAUAGGUAUGGAUAAGAUUUAGAAGCUACAUAUUCAUAAUUUAAACAAUUUAUUAAGAGUACUGAUAUUCUUAGCAAAUAAAGUUAAAUCUUUUAUUAAAAUAGAGGGUUCUUUUUUGAAUGUGGUAGACAAAAAUAAUAAAUUACAUAUUAAUAAGGAUUAUAUAAAUUUUUAGAGAAUUCAUUCAAAUUUUAUCACAAUGAUAGAUAAUGCAAUUAAAUUUCAUUACUUUCCCAUUUAUCAACUUAUGUCUUAUUUUUGAGAUAGUAAUUUGCAGUCUAUGAAAUUUCUAUAUAUAAUUAGGUAUUGAUAUUUGAUUAAGCAUUAUUGUCUUGUUUAAUAUCUUAAAAUACAAUAUUAAAUUAACUUUAAAAACAAUAAAAUUUCUAAUAUAAAAGUAAUAAUCCUAUUGCUCGAUUUAUCUUAAGUGAAUUAUAACCUAUUUAUCAAUUAUGCAAAAAUAAAUUUGGAUAAUGUCCUUAAGCAAUAUUGUUUAAAGAAUAUAGACCUUCAAAUUUAUUAUAAUGUAUUGAAUCAAAAUUUAAUGCUCAAGAAUAUGAAAUAAAUUUUCAUUUUAGAGAAAUAGAUCAAUUUAGAAAUCAAAUGAAAAAUCUAUUAAGAGUUCAUUAUCCAUUUUACACUAAAUUAUUAAUUGGAAUUUUUAAAUGCAUUAAUAAUCUAAGUUAUUUAAGUGAUCCAGAAUAUUAAGGAAUAAUGCAUUUAUUAACAUUUAUAUAUUCUUAGGAUCAAAAUUCAUUUUUUUGUGAUCUAUUAAAAUUUUAAUAGAAUUAGCCCUACCAAAUUCCUGCAUAUUUCGAAGUCAAGAAUUUCUGUGAUAUCUAUAUUAAAGAUAGCAAAGAGGAAGAGUUUCAGAUAAAAUAAAAUGUAAAUAUACAGAAAUGGAUUUAAUAAAUCAUUAUCUAAUUAAUACAAUAUUAACAAUAGAAGAAUAUAAAAAAUGAUAGAAUAGUACAAUAUUUAGGAGAAUAAUUUAAUAUUCCUAUAUCUACAAUAAAGGUUAUACCUAUAAGAAAUUUNAUAAUUUUAUUAUAAGAAUAUUCUAUGUAUGAACAUUUAUAUGUAUAGAAAUUACUUGAUUUAAAUUUAACAAAUGAAUAAUAAAAGUUAUUUUAUAAAAUCAAACCAAGUAGUGUUGUAUUAGAUACUUAAAUGAUGUUAAUAUAUUUAACAAUAUUUUUUAAUAAUAGGUAUGGAUAAGAUUUAGAAGCUACAUAUUCAUAAUUUAAACAAUUUAUUAAGAGUACUGAUAUUCUUAGCAAAUAAAGUUAAAUCUUUUAUUAAAAUAGAGGGUUCUUUUUUGAAUGUGGUAGACAAAAAUAAUAAAUUACAUAUUAAUAAGGAUUAUAUAAAUUUUUAGAGAAUUCAUUCAAAUUUUAUCACAAUGAUAGAUAAUGCAAUUAAAUUUCAUUACUUUCCCAUUUAUCAACUUAUGUCUUAUUUUUGAGAUAGUAAUUUGCAGUCUAUGAAAUUUCUAUAUAUAAUUAGGUAUUGAUAUUUGAUUAAGCAUUAUUGUCUUGUUUAAUAUCUUAAAAUACAAUAUUAAAUUAACUUUAAAAACAAUAAAAUUUCUAAUAUAAAAGUAAUAAUCCUAUUGCUCGAUUUAUCUUAAGUGAAUUAUAACCUAUUUAUCAAUUAUGCAAAAAUAAAUUUGGAUAAUGUCCUUAAGCAAUAUUGUUUAAAGAAUAUAGACCUUCAAAUUUAUUAUAAUGUAUUGAAUCAAAAUUUAAUGCUCAAGAAUAUGAAAUAAAUUUUCAUUUUAGAGAAAUAGAUCAAUUUAGAAAUCAAAUGAAAAAUCUAUUAAGAGUUCAUUAUCCAUUUUACACUAAAUUAUUAAUUGGAAUUUUUAAAUGCAUUAAUAAUCUAAGUUAUUUAAGUGAUCCAGAAUAUUAAGGAAUAAUGCAUUUAUUAACAUUUAUAUAUUCUUAGGAUCAAAAUUCAUUUUUUUGUGAUCUAUUAAAAUUUUAAUAGAAUUAGCCCUACCAAAUUCCUGCAUAUUUCGAAGUCAAGAAUUUCUGUGAUAUCUAUAUUAAAGAUAGCAAAGAGGAAGAGUUUCAGAUAAAAUAAAAUGUAAAUAUACAGAAAUGGAUUUAAUAAAUCAUUAUCUAAUUAAUACAAUAUUAACAAUAGAAGAAUAUAAAAAAUGAUAGAAUAGUACAAUAUUUAGGAGAAUAAUUUAAUAUUCCUAUAUCUACAAUAAAGGUUAUACCUAUAAGAAAUUUAAGUAUAUCCAAAAGUACUGGAAGGUUAUCAAGAGCUAAAAUGUAAAUUUAUUAAUUUCAUAUAGUUAAAUUAAUUAAUGGAAAGCACCUUUAAGGGAUUUUGAAUUUUAUUUUCUUUUUGUUUUGAUGUGGUAUUUGAGCUUAGGUUUAGAUAAGUUUCGAGGGUAACAAAUAAAUGAAUUUCCUUCAACUUAAUGGCCAAGAAAACUAGCUUCACCUGUGAAUCUUUUGAUCGUGUCACUUCUUACAUACAUUGUAAUCACUUUAGUCUUUAUGCUCUUUUGA